CUAAUCUUUAGCUAGCUAUAGCUAAUCAUUAGUCAAACAAAUCCUAUAACUUGUCGUGGAAGACUCGGCGGUUGCUUACGGCGCACGGUACCUGGCCAACUGCUCUCAGUCUAUAAAUGCAAGUGAUCCAACCCUGAACGUCCAAAAGGUCGGCAAAUAAGUCGAUUGGCAUCUUCGCCUGCUCUAAGGACAGCGAGAUAGUAUCCGACCAAGUUCGGCAUGGAACGGGGCGGCGCCGAUGGCGCGGUGGUUCUCGUCGGCACGGGGCUGGUCGCCUUAACCCUCACGUCCGCUGUGUCCGCCUACAGAGCCGCGGCCGCGGGGGACGCCGGCACGACGGCGUUCGUGGCCGCCAGCUACUCCACGCUCCUGCUGCUCUUCCGCUGCCUCCGCGCGUACGAGCGCCUGCCGCCGCCCGCAGGGGACGCCGCUGCCGCCGACGGCAACGGCCGAAGGGCGCGGCUGCGACGCGAGGUCUGGGCGCUGUGCACGCUGCUCACCGUGAUGUUCGCGUGGAAGGUGGCCGCGGCGAUGCCGUCCUGGCCCGCCGCCGCCACCGUGUGGGCCAUGGCCGCCCUCACCGCGGCCGGCGGUUGCGUCGCCUUGUUCCAUCACCGCCCGGUAACGCUCGGGGUUUAUAUUUUUCUCACCUGGGUUUGGAGCGCAAGAAUUUCACUAGGAUUUAUACUGGUCUACAACAACAAAAUCUCGCUCGGAUGUUAUCGUACAAAACUUCAUAUAGUUCCAGGCAAGAUCGAUCGAGGAGGUAUGCUACAAGUCACCUGGAACUGGAACUGGAAGAGUGAAGCCAUUCAUCGUGGUGUUUUAGCUUUGCUUUGGAGGUCCAUCGUCGUCGCUCAAAGCUUAUACUACUACAGAAGUGAUUAUAUUGGACGGCUGCAAGCAGCUAAGAAGAUGGUUUUACGCAUUGUUCAUUUUAGUUUGGUUGCAACCUCGUCUUGCUGAGUGAAACAUUUGUAUGUUGAAUGUUUGUACUUGUUUGUUCUCAAGAACACAUUGUAUGUAUAGAUAACUUGUAAGGGAUGUGGAAUAUACCAAAAAAAUAAUAAUCGUCCUUGCCCAAUUGCAA